UACACCAGCUGCGAACACUUAAAAAUCAUUACUAGCGAUCCGAUAAUUUAGUCUUGAGAAUCGAAACCAACAACCAAAGUCUUGCUGGAUAUAAUUAAAUUCGUCAAUAUGCGUUCAAUCACUACUGCUUUCGUGUUAGUUGCCGCAUUUGUCUUACAUCUGUGCGCCUCGGAACCAGAGCCGAAAGAAUCUCACCAUGGGAAACCGAAACCACAUCACCCGAUGCCCGACAGAAUGCCACCAAUGAUGAUGUCGUCAAUGUCGCCAGAUAUGAUGAUGAAGAUGUCCAAGUCGCCUAUGGAUGCAGUGAUAGAUGUUGACGUAAGUAACAGAUACAGAGAGCGAUGUCGGCGUCGGCUUAGCGGUUACGUUAGAGGAGAUUAUAUCGAUAGCGAAGAUUGCAUGUAUUUUUGCGGUUUCAUAGACGUAGGAGUGACGGAUUCGCGCGGAAAUCUGAACCGUUAUUAUGUAAGGGAUUUAGUUACAGCAGGUUCUAGAGACAGAAUCACAUCAAAAAUUAUGAAUUGUGCAUCAGGCAGUAGUUGGGGUGGCGUUUGUUCAAAAGCAAGACGUAACGUUAGGUGCAUCGAGCAAUACGUUUCUGAUUUUAGCGUUGAGUCUGAAAUGAUGAAAAUAAUGUCAUAACGAUCGUGCAAGUAUCUACUUUUAAAGUCACAGAAUUUUUCAAAAUCAGAUUUCAUUUAUGGAACGAAGCAGAACUUCAUACAUAUUAAUAACUUGGUAGAUAUUUUAUCCAUUGUACUCAUAUUCACACCUCAGGUUUAAAUAAAAGUAUUUGUAUUGAAAUAA